GUCGUGUGUGUGAUUUCUCUUUCUCCCUGGCUCCUGGGUUUGUAGGGACACUGUCUGCAGGGUUAAAAAAGUACCUCACCUCACUUAAAAAAGGCAGAUAUAAACACUCCUCAAAGCUGGUAGGGUUGUGCACUAUUUAAAUGCCGGCGUACAUAGCAGCACACCAGGAAGGCGGAGUUCAGGUUUCUAAGCUAAAAUCCCUCUCUUGCUGCUUGUCCUUUCAGCCGGGUCAUGCGCCGGUGUUGCUCUAAGGUAGGUACCCCAAAAAUAAUUUGUGCAGGAAAAGCGCGCAUCGACUUCAAUAAUUACACGUUUUAUUGAGUGAGUGUUUAUAGCUCUCAAUAUUAUGUCGCACAUUAAAAAAAAACAAGGACAGAAGCAAAAACUAAACAAAACAAACAAACAAACAAAAAACCAAGUGUCUUUGUAACCUUGUUAAAUACAAAAUAUUUUUGUUGUAAUUGUUACAUGAGUCAAAUGUGCAUGGACAGGGAAAAACAAGAGAACUCUCUUUAAGAAAGUUUAUGCUUUUUUAUUGAUAUUUCUUGUUUAAAAGUCCUCCCCACAGACCCCCCGCUCUUUUGGUCAUAAUGGUACAAUCCAGGAAGUCAUGUACAAUGUGUAAUCUGGAGCUUUGUCGCUGCCGGUCAGUGACAAAACUACACAUUUUUAUUCAGUGACGUGCUWUUAAAAACGAACGAAGCAUGUUUUAAACCAUGUUUACUUCUGGUUAAAAAAUAAAAUAACGUUUAAUGUUUGCAAUUAGCGUUUUAACCAGUUCCUCCAGCUCUCGUCAUGACAGAAGACUGCCUCGGUCUGAGYACGGUGCUCGUCCUCUUAGCUCUUUUAAUUUUAAUAUUUGCUGGUUUUGUUUUGUAUUCGGGUCUGCUCACAGUCGUCACAGUGCAAACUUGUUGUUCGCCUUUGAAAAAGAUAACAUUCGCCUACAGAUUUAAAGAAGGAGCAUACGCAAACAGCGGAGAACUUUUGAAGGAAGCGCGCUGUGUUGGACCCACAGGGCUCGGGCUCCCAUGCAUCGGGGUGUUUUAUGACGGCCCUAAAAAGACACCUGGACCACUUUGUCGCCACGCYGUCGGCUGUAUUCUGAGCGAAGGGGAAAACCAAGUGGAUGAGGAACUUUUAAAGCGCUGCAAGGCAUCUGGUUUUAAUGUCUUUUCCUUCCCUGAAGUCACACACGUGGUCACUACCUCAGUCCCCCAUCGGGCCUUUUUCUCCACUAUCCUCAGGGUGAGAAGAGUUUAUCCACAGCUUGAGCAAUACAUAAAGGAACGGAGGCUCUGUGCACAUCCAUUCCUUGAAAUCUACAAAGACGGUCAGAUCCAGUUCRUCGUCCCCUUGGCUCGGCAGGUUGAUUUUUAUGUGCCUGAAGUUCGGCAGGUAGAAAGGAGGCUGUCAGAACAAGAGGAAUCUCACAGUGAUACAGACGUCUCAGGUGCAGACUCCAACAGUGAAUACAGCUCAGGGAGUGGGAUCCUCCUGUCAGACAGCAGAGAAACGUCACAGAUGGCGGCGUCUGUCCACUCUGUGCCGCUCCCAGAUCAGGAGAGUGGAGACGACAAGGGGAGACGCUCCAGGGGAAGCUCGUUCAAAGAUCUGGACUGGGACUGGACUGCUGGACACCAGGAGGAGAGAGACUCCAAACAGGAGAACCAGGAGGUUCCCACGCAGAAGUUGUUGGGCGUCGUUGGAGGGGAGUAAAAGAAAGCCUGGAAACAUCUGCUUUCACACGUUUUCCUGCAAAUAUCUUUGUGAUCCUGAGGAUUUCAGCUUGUCUUUCCCUCUGAUGACUCUUGUCACAUCGACUGCAAAGUUUUAGGUUGAAACGAUCACUUUUUAAAACAAAAAGUUCAGACUGUUUCCUUCAACAACUUUGUUUCUGGUUUAAUUUACGGAUUUUUGCUUCAGCCUGCGUGUUGGCCCUGCUUUGACUCAUGCAUUGGUUUAUAUUCUGACAAAUAAACAUGUUUCUUUUUGAUAAUUUA